AUCCUACUCUCCCAUGGGUUUAGCAAUGUUGUACUCAUGGCCAUCCUCUUUUGCCGUGUAUUUUGUUGUUCUCUUGAUCUUUGGUUCUGGCCGUGCGAUUGGCAGGAAUGAGACUGACAAACUGGCUUUGCUAGAAUUCAAGGCUGAAAUAACUAGUGAUCCCUUCAGGACUCUGAGCUCAUGGAACGAAUCCAUCCACUUUUGCAAGUGGAGUGGUGUAAUAUGUGGACGUCGGCACCAGAGGGCCGUUGCGUUAGAUCUUAAUGGUCAAGAAUUGGCUGGGUCCAUUUCCCCUCACAUUGGAAACUUGAGUUUCCUUAGGGAAAUCUGGUUGCGCGGCAAUGCAUUGAGUGGGAAAAUACCUCCACAACUCGGCCGUUUGCACCGACCGCAAAUCUUGAGUUUGCGCAACAAUUCGAUUGCCGGAGAAAUUCCUGCCAAUUUAUCGAGUUCCUCUAGACUUACUGUGAUUGAGUUUCACACAAAUAGGUUGGAAGGGAAAAUUCCAGAAGAGCUCGGUUCGUUGUCAAACCUCAAGGUACUCAGUCUUGUGAAAAACAACUUGACUGGAGUUAUUCCAUCUACUUUCGGGAAUCUGUCAUCUCUCCAAUUAUUUUCUGCCCUUCAAAAUAAUAUUAAUGGCAAUUUGCCGGACGUGCUAGGUCAAUUGACAAACUUGGGAGCUUUAGCAUUGGGAGUUAACAGGUUUGUUGGAACGAUUCCUUCCUCAAUCUUUAAUCUGUCUUCUCUGCAUGUACUUGAUGUGGGAAUGAACCAACUUCAUGGGAAGCUUCCUUCAGACCUAGGACUAACUCUUCCUAAUCUCCAAUUCCUUGGAGCUAGUGCUAACUUUUUUACAGGUUCAAUUCCUUUUUCACUUUCCAAUGCCUCCAAACUACAGAUUGUUGGCAUCGCAGACAAUCGAUUAACUGGAAAUGUUCCUCAUCUAGAGAAGUUGAAUGAUCUUCAGAAAUUAAGCUUUUCCGGUAAUUAUCUCGGAACUGGGGAAGCUGAUGACUUGAGUUUUCUCUCAUCUUUAACCAAUGCCACUAGUUUGUAUGUUUUGGCUCUACACAUCAAUAGGUUUGGAGGAGUUUUGCCUAAAUCAAUCACCAAUUUCUCUGCUGUUUUUGCUCAACUAAUCUUGAGUAGAAAUGAAAUAUCCGGGAACAUCCCAACUGGGAUAGUGCAUCUGACUAAUUUGGUGCAGAUUGAAUUGUCAUAUAACCUAUUCACCGGCGAGAUUCCGGAUGAUAUUGGGAAGCUUCAACAGCUGCAACUUUUGAGUCUCUCAAACAAUAAUUUCUCUGGGAGAAUCCCAUUGUCUUUGGGAAAUUUAUCUAUGUUAAGUCAACUCAACUUGGCCUCAAAUAAGUUGUAUGGAAACAUCCCUUCAGAUCUCGGGAAAUGCGAUCAUCUGAGGGCUUUAGGUCUUUAUCAAAACAAUCUUCAUGGUACCAUUCCUAGAGAAGUUACAAGUCUCACAUCAUUGUUGUAUUUCAGUGUAUCUGAAAAUGAUUUGACUGGUUCCCUUCCAGUUGAACUUGGAAAUUUGGAAAAUCUAGAAGUACUGCUUGUUUCUGAAAAUAGGUUGUAUGGUGGAAUUCCAAGCUCCCUUGGUAGUUGCGUAAAAUUGAAAUUUCUAUCUAUGAAAGGGAACAACUUCCAAGGGAUUCUUCCUUCCUCUUUGAGUUAUUUGAGAGGUAUCGAGGAAUUAGAUCUUUCUCGGAAUAAUUUUUCAGGUGAAAUCCCAGAGUUUUUGGGGGACUUCAAAUUCCUUCAAAUAUUAAAUCUAUCCUCAAAUGAUUUCUCUGGUGAGGUACCUGAAAGGGGCAUCUUUAAGAAUGUCACUGCCCUUUUCGUUGAAGGAAACAAUAAACUUUGUGGGGGCAUACCUGAAUUACAGCUACGCGCUUGCAACUCCGAAGGGUCUAAAAGGAAAAGAUCUACUCUUGCCUUGAAAUUAGUAAUCCCAAUAGUUUUUAGCCUUGUUGGACUACUUUUGAUGGUCUUUUACCUUUGUCAUUCGUAUAAUAGAAAAAGAACAAAUUUACCCUCUUUCCAAGUUUUUGGGAGCACAUUUCAGACCAUAUCAUAUAAAAGUCUAGUUAAAGCUACUAAUGGUUUCUCCCCGGUGAAUUUGAUUGGGGUGGGUAGUUUUGGAUCGGUGUAUAAAGGGAUUCUUGAUGAGGGUGAAAAAGUUAUUGCAGUGAAGGUACUAAACCUAGAAGCCCGAGGAGCAUCCAAGAGUUUCAUAGCUGAGUGCAAGGCCUUAAAGAGCAUCAAACAUCGAAAUCUUGUAAAAGUGCUCACAGCAUGUUCAAGUAUUGACUAUCAUGGUAAUGAUUUCAAAGCUCUGGUUUAUGAAUUCAUGGCUAAUGGAAGCCUCGAGGAGUGGUUGCAUCCAAAUGAGAACGAAGAUGAGACGAAUGAGGAUUCGAGGCAUUUGAGCAUUCUACAAAUGUUAGAUAUUGCCCUUGAUGUUGCUUUUGCACUUGAUUAUCUACACAAUCAUUGUCUGGAAUCUAUUGUCCAUUGUGAUCUAAAGCCAAGCAAUGUUCUUCUAGACAAUGAAAUGACCGGACAUGUUGGCGACUUUGGGUUGGCAAGAUUCCUUUUAGAAGCGUCAGACACUUCUUCAAAUCAGUCAACCUCUAUCAGCGUAAGAGGCUCUAUUGGUUAUAUUGCUCCAGAGUACGGCCUCGGAAAUGAAGUGUCAGCAUCUGGCGACGCGUACAGCUACGGAAUUCUCUUAUUAGAGAUGUUUACGGGGAAGAGACCGACGGAUAACAUGUUUUCCGAUAAUUCGAGUCUUCAUAACUUUGUCAAGAUGGCUUUGCCAGAACAUGUAGCACGCAUCCUUGAUCCAAGGCUGCUUCAGGAUCAGAAGUUUGCUAGCAGUAGUGACAAUAUCGUGGAAUGCCUGAUUUCCAUAUUGGAAGUAGGAGUCGUCUGUUCAGAAGAAUCGCCAAGAGAUCGGAUGGCCAUUAGUGAUGUUGUUGCUCAGUUGGGUGUGAUCAGAAAGACCCAUUUCGGAAAAAAGUGAAGCUCUACAUUGAGGCAGACACCUAGAAUUGCAUUGCAUCCCUGAAACCGGUACAACCCUCGGUCUGGUGCGAAAUUGGUUUACGGCAACAUUUCUCAACGCAUAUAUUUUCCUGGAACAGAAACUGAUUGCAUGUUCUAAGUGGCCUUUAGCCAAAAGAAAUAAUAAGGAAAAACUAGGUGCAGAACCUGCAUUUAUGUAACUCUAAAAGUUUGCCUAUUUUAUAUGUUGUGUAGCUUUAUGUUAAAAUAGAUCUUGUUUGAUAGAUGUUAAUGGGACGCUUCGGAGCUGUGUGGCUUAAUUUCGUGUGGAGAGAUCAUUAAUAAAUGUGUGCUUGCCA